ACAAAAGAUCCUCCUCUCACAAUUCCUCUGACUCUUUAGAUGAAACAGUUACGACUGUUUCACCUUACAAUUCCUCCGAUACUAUGACAUGCGAAAAUUCCAGUAUGAUUCAGUUGCCUCACUCUACAAUAUCAUCAAAAACCAGAGGGACUUACUAUUACACACAAAACAAGACCACAUCAACCGUUUAUGAAGUGCUGAAAGGUGAAAGAAAAGAAUUCGAACACGAGUGGAACGCAUAUAUCAUAAAGACCUCCGGUGUUAUGGAUAUGAAUUUGAUUAAUAAAAAUGCCAGGGAACUUAUCUUUCACUUGCAUGGUCACAGUUUUUGGGUACUCGGGAGUGGAAAGGGCAACGAAACACUGUUACCUUUAAACCGGAAUGAGACAAUUCCAAUUAAAAGGGACACUGUUGGUGUUCCUGCGCUUGGGUGGACAUUGAUAAGAUUUAAGAUCAACAAUCCCGGCGUAUGGACUUUUGAAUGUCCCAUCGUGUGGCAUUCAAACACGGGAAUGAUGGGUCAAUUUAUAGAAUUGCCGCAAAAAUUUAGAACAUUGACACCAUCAGAUCAAUGGUGUAGUUUGUGUGAAGGUUAUGAUCAGUUAUCACAAUGUAAAAAUGCAAAAUAA